CAUAACCCCUCUGCGUUUUUGUGUGUUGUGUUUUCUGUUUCCUUCACAUUUUGAUCAUCCCAAUAGCUUAAAUUUUUAUUUAUUGUUUUUUUCAUUCUCUGAAACUCGCUCGAAACAGUACGAAAAUGGGGAUGCAACAGCAGGUGGAGAAAAUGCAGCUCCGGCAGGGGUUUCAGAAUCUAUGGCAUACCGAUUUGAUGGGCACUGUGACCGCCGACACUCCAUAUUGUUGCUUUGCGUGUUUCUGUGGUCCAUGUGUUUCUUACCUGCUACGCAAGCAAGCUCUUUAUAAUGACAUGUCAAGGUACAAAUGCUGUGCCGGAUUUAUGCCGUGCAGUGGAAGAUUCGGAGAAAGUCACUGCCCUGAAUUGUGUCUGGGCACUGAGGUUUGCUUCUGCUUUGCAACUUCGGUUUCCUCAACACGCUUUCUAAUACAAGAUGAACUCAACAUAAAAACAACACCCUGCGAUAACUGCAUGAUUGGAUUUAUGGUCAUCCUCAACCAAAUUGCAUGCAUAUUCUCCUUGAUAGCUUGCAUAACUGGAAAUGAAGAGCUGGGUGAGAUUUCGAAUGUCUUGAGCUGCAUUGCCGACACGGUCUUUUGCUCGGUCUGCGCUUGCAUCCAGACACAGCACCAUUUUGAACUGAACAAAAGAGAUGGAAAGCUUCCGCCGGCGGUUUUGGGAGUGCCUCAGGUGCAGCAGAUGUCACGUACUGAUGAGAAGAAUCCUCCACAAACCGGAUAUUAUUAAAUGUAAUACAUGU